ACUUGGUGCGCUGUCACUCAAGUUGCAGCGCGAGCAUGGGCCUGACGGAGCUGCUGAGCAACAUGUCCGAGGGCGAGAAACUGGCGCUUGUUGUCGGCGCUGGAGUGGCUUUUCUGGGAAUGGGGCUCGGUUAUAAAUACUUGUGGAAGCCUGAAAAGUUAGUUUCCGUGGGCGUCGUGUCGAAGCUGCUCAUCCAUCCGCUGAAAUCUGCGAAAGCUGUGUCCGUGGGCGUGGCCGAAUGCCAGAACUUGGGUCUGAAAAGCGGGGAACUGCGCGACAGGCACUGGCUGGUGGUGACCGAGGAUGGUCACAUGGUGACCGGACGACAGCAGCCUCGUCUGGUCUUGGUUUCUAUGACCAACGAUGGGACCCACGCGGUUCUGAACGGACCCAACAUGGAAGAGUUGAGAUUUCCAAUGAAACAACCAGAGAAUAAAGUCAUGGACUGCAGAGUGUUUGGUGAGGACAUCCAGGGCCGGGACUGUGGUGACAAAGUCUCUCGCUGGCUUACUGAUUAUCUGGGGGACGAGAAAACCUAUCACAUGGUGCACUUUGAACCCCAGAUGAGGGCGCGCUUUCCAGCCAAAUCCAUGUCUGUGUUUCCAAAGAAAGAGGAGGUGGCAUAUCCGGAUGUUGGAGCCGUGAUGCUUCUGUCUGAGGCCUCCGUCGAGGAUCUCAGCACCAAGUCGGACAACAAGCUCACCGUGGAGCGCUUUCGGCCCAACAUUGUCAUCAGUGACUGUGGGCCAUAUGAUGAGGAUUCUUGGGAAGAGAUCCAGAUUGGCAGCGUGCGACUGCAGCGUGUCAUCUCAUGUGGAAGAUGCAUUUUUACCACGGUUGAUCCUGAAACUGGUGUUAUAACCAGAAAGGAGCCCCUGGAAACUUUGAAACGGUACCGUCAGUGCAAGCCAUCCGAGAAGCACCUUUACCAGUCGUCUCCAUUAUUCGGACAACUCCUCUCCGUCAAGAAGACGGGCAUCAUGCAGGUUGGAGAUGUUGUGUACAAGAUCAGUCGUUAAAGGAGUUGGACCAUCAACACCACCACCACGUCUUAGCCGACACUAACAUGAAGUCAAAAUAAGAUCAUAGAUCAAAUCGGUAGUUGUUUGUGAUAAAUGUAUUCAGGUAAAUAACUGCUUAAAAAGUGCUGAUAAAAAUCUCUAUUUUUGUAUUAUUGUUACAACUGAUAAUGACAGACCAUAACAGGUAAAGUUGGUGAAUGUAAUACUAGGUUUACAGUAUAUAAAGCAGAGGUGCCCAAGCGUUGGUCUGCGGUCGGCCAGAGAGGCUUUUGAUCGUUUCAUUGUUGCACCACAAGAUGGAGCCCUAGGUCAUGGAGCCGUACAGCGCUGUUAUUUACUCUCCUGGUUAUUUGAAAUUGUCAACAUGUUUAUCUCACCUGCGGAGCAACCCACUGCAGUCGUUUAGGAAGGUAUGUCACUAGCAUAACAUGAUCACUGUUCUGAGCUCUUUUUUUUAUCCUUUUGCAUGUUCACGGAACGCAACCCUGAAGCCAAAAUGUUUCACACUCUUGUGGUUAAGACGCUGAACCAGAUCUUAUUUUGAGUAAAGAUCACAAUUACAGCCGACUUCUGAGGCACGCACACUUUUUGGUGGGGUUUUUUUUUACCCUUUUUACCCGUUGAUGUAAAUUGGGCCAAGUCUUUUUCAGUUCAUUCGGGUGGUAGUUAAGUUGAACCAGUGUUUUCUUGUUUUAUGGCUGUCAGAAAUGUAGUUGUGCACAUGGUGUAAGUAAGUGGUUGUGGCUGUGUGUUGAGAUUUCUCAGGACAAAUCAAGCCUUAACAGUCUUCUCACCACAGUCCUUAAAUAAACAGGUAUUUUCCAUGUAUUAUUCAAUGAUUUUCAAGUGUAAAUUUGGGAAUUUGAUUUGUUUGUCAAUGGAAAGUUGAGCUCCUCCUCAAUUUGCAAUAUGUAAUACACUUUUGGUGGUCAAA